AUGAUCAACGUUCCCCAAGCAACCGAGCUCAAGGACCUCUUCAGCCUCAAGGGCAAGGUCGUCAUCGUCACUGGUGCCUCCGGCCCAACCGGUAUUGGCACAGAGGCUGCCCGAGGAUGCGCUGAGUACGGCGCCGACCUCGCCAUCACCUACAACUCUCGCGCUGAGGGCGCCGAGAAGAACGCAAAGGAGAUGAGCGAGAAGUACGGCGUCAAGGUCAAGGCCUACAAGUGCCAGGUCAACGACUACUCCGCCUGCGAGAAGCUCGUCAACGAUGUCAUCAAGGACUUCGGCAAGGUCGAUGUCUUCAUCGCCAACGCCGGAAAGACUGCCGACAACGGUAUCCUCGACGCUACCGUUGAGCAGUGGAAGGAGGUCAUCGAGACCGACUUGACUGGUACCUUCAACUGCGCCCGUGCCGUCGGUCUCCACUUCCGCGAGCGCAAGACCGGCUCCCUCGUCAUCACCUCCUCCAUGUCCGGCCACAUUGCCAACUUCCCCCAGGAGCAGGCCUCCUACAACGUCGCCAAGGCUGGCUGCAUUCACCUUGCCAAGUCUCUUGCCAACGAGUGGAGGGACUUUGCCCGUGUCAACUCCAUCUCCCCCGGAUACAUUGACACUGGUCUCUCCGACUUCGUUCCCCAGGACAUCCAGAAGCUGUGGCACUCCAUGAUCCCCAUGGGCCGUGACGCCAAGGCCACCGAGCUCAAGGGUGCCUACGUCUACUUCGCCUCUGACGCCUCAUCCUACUGCACUGGUUCCGAUCUCCUCAUCGACGGUGGUUACUGCGUCAGGUAA